AUGGAUGAACCCCAAAUCCCCAGCCCCCUCCGCCGCAAGAACUUGCCCUCAGGAUGCCCCCUGCCGGUACCCCCCACGGAGGUGAGCGAUGAUGGUGGCUCCGUCACCUACGGGGUGGUGAGCUCCGUCGUGGGCAACGUCAGCCAUACCCUUCUGGACCGAUCCCGCUACCGGGGACCCUUCCUGCCCCUCUUCCAGCCCACCCAGGGAGCCCCCUCAGCCACGGGGGAUGGGAUCGAGAUCACCCACUUCGACCACAUCACGUAUGUCUGCCCACGGCGCAGCGCCCGGGCGGCUCUGGACUGGUACCAGCGCUGCUUUGGCUUCUGCCGCUUCCCGCUGAACCCGCAGGAGAGGCCGGCUGAGGGGUACGUCCUCGAGGGACAGGGGGUGGGCAUGCUGCUCCUCGCGCUGCAGAGUGCCCAGGGUACCCUGGCACACGGCUGCAAGCUCGUCCUCGCCGAGACACCCCCUGCCACCUAUUACAGCCAGGGCGGCAAAGCGGAGGAGAUCCAGGGGGCCGGGCAGGACCCCCGCACGCUGGCAGAGCUCGGCAUCCUGCUGGACACCACGGCGCCCGGGGACAAGGGCCGGCUGGGCACUGAUGCCAGCAAGAGCCUCUCCCAGGAGUAUUUGAUGCAGAUCUUCACCCAUCCCAUCUUCUCCGAGGAGACCUUCUUCCUGGAGCUCAUUGACCGGCGGGGAGCGCCCGGCUUCGGGGAAGGCAAUAUACGGGCCCUGUGGGAAGCUGUGCAGGUCUACAUGGACCAGCAGCAGUAG